AUGAAAUUCCCAACUUUGACACUUGCAAAAGCUUUAUUGGCUUCGUCAUCAAUUUCUACCGUCUUUGACCAAACAAACAAUCAGCUUGCUCUUGAACACGUCUCCCCCUCAUCCCUUGAAACCUCCUUUCAAGAAUCAUGCCCCCAAGUAGUCCCCAUCCCUCCACAAAACGCCAAUCUCGCGCAUUUCAAAACCCCUGAGUUUCGUAACUGGAGUCUUGCAGUACUCCAAAGUGCCGUCCAAGUGCCGUCUGAGUCCUAUGAUGACCUUGGAGCCGUAGGCAUUGACCCCCGUUGGAACAUAUUUUAUGACCUCGAAAAUGCACUUAGAAAAUCUUUCCCUAAAGUCCACCAAACUUUAGCCUUUGAACGUAUCAAUACACACGGCCUUUUAUAUACAUGGAACGGCACUGACCCUUCUCUCAAACCAACAAUUUUCAUGGCCCAUCAGGAUGUUGUCCCUGUUCUUAAUGAUUCCCUGGGACUCUGGACUUACCCACCAUACUCGGCCCAUUUUGAUGGCAAGUUUAUUUGGGGCCGCGGGACUUCCGACGAUAAAGGUUCGCUGGUAGCUGUUUUAGAAGCCGUUGAAACUCUUUUGAAUCAAGGUAUCAAAGCCCCACGGCGUACAAUUAUCCUAAGUUUUGGCUAUGACGAGGAAAUCUCCGGCAGCCGCGGAGCUGGCCAUAUUUCAAAACACUUGCUUAAAAGAUAUGGUCCUAACUCUAUUCAUUCAAUUGUAGAUGAGGGAGGUUCCGGAGUAGUUGAACAACAAGGUGUUAAGCUGGCGUUGCCCGGCGUCACAGAAAAGGGCAUGUACGACGCGUUAGUAGUACUAAAGACUCCAGGAGGCCAUUCAUCGCUUCCACCAGACCACACAGCCAUUGGUAUUAUUGGUGAACUUGCUUCACUUAUGGAAUCAAGGCCCUUUUCUCCAGCGCUUAAUACACACUCUCCCAUUUAUAAGUUUUUGCAAUGCACUGCUGCUUAUUCACAAGAAAUGGCUGAGGAUUUACGACAAGCAAUUCAAAAAUGUGCGACUGACGAAAAGGCCAUGGAUACAGUGUUUAAGGUCAUGGGUCGGUUACGUGCUACAAAAUAUAUGAUUCAAACUUCUCAGGCCAUUGAUAUUGUGGCUGGCGGACUUAAGAUUAACGCGCUACCUGAAAAGGUCGAACUAAUGGCUAACUACCGGAUUGAUUUACAGAGCAAUGUUGACGAAACACGCCAAAAGGUGGUUGAAGAUGUGCGUCAAAUUGCUGAAAAAUAUGGUCUUGGAUUGUCUCUCAACAAGACACUGGAUGAUGGUUCCUUUGAGCAUGAAGUUUUACUGGAGGGUAGUGUAUAUGAGCCCUCAGAUACAUUGACCAACGGGUACUUUGAGAUAUCAGAUUAUGGGUCUUACACCAAGGUUGCACCCAUUGCACCCACAUUUGAUAGCGAGGCUUGGGACACGUUUAGUGGUACAAUUCGACAUGUUUUUGGGACUUUUGCGGGUCCUGUAAUUGAUCCGACUAAGAAGCAUCAAGUAUUUGAUGGAGAGCCUAAAGAACCUCAAAAUAUUGUGGUAUCUCCUGCUUUGAUGACAGCUAAUACAGAUACUAAGCAUUAUUGGGACUUGACUGAUAAUAUUUAUCGGUUCUGGCCGUAUCGGGUGCUGGACACUCAGGUGAGUCACAUCCACACGGUGGACGAGCGCAUUUUGUUGGACGUGCAUAUUGAAGCGGUUGCCUUUUAUUAUAGCUACAUUUUAAACUUGUAA